UAUUAAAAUAAUACUAUUUGAUGAAGAAAAAGUACUUGCAAAUGUUUAUGAUCCUGAUGAAGAAGAAGAAGAAGAAGAAGAUGUAAUGGAAGUAGAAGAGGUAGAGCGUAGAGUUUCUCCAGAGCCUUCCAUACCCCCUGAGGCAGAGGCAGAGAGUAGUACCUGUUUCGUCCUUCCCGAAAAGGUUGGUACAUGCGUCUUCUGGGACGUCCAGGAUUACCCAGUUCCUCUAGGUCUGCAGCCUGAAACGUUUAUUCAGAAUAUCAAGACAGCUCUUGGAACAGAGGAUGACAUCUUAAUCUUGGCUUAUGUUGCUGAUGAGAAAUCUUUCCCGGAUAGCUAUCGUACCCAUUCCAGAUUCACCUCAGUUUCAGCAGACAAAUAUACAAGACUUACUGUGAUGAUGGUGGACAUUAUUUGCUGGGUUGUGAAAAAUCGUUCUGCGUGCCCAAACCUGUUGGUAAUCGCGAAUGCCAGUGUAGAAGAUCGACAAUUCUGGCCAUUUCUUCUAGGUUUGGGAUAUAGAGGUUUCAAUAUUUUUGCAACAAUCCCUGAUACGGACUUACCUGAUGAUAAAACUAAGACGGCGGAAAGGCUUAUGUUUAACAAGUCCUUAUUGUCUUGGAAAAACCUUUCAUGUAAACGAAAGCGUAAGGGCAUAGAGGAUACUGUUUCUAGUUCUGAUGACUAACUUCUGUGCGCAGCAGGUCUCAACUACCCCCUGGUUUGACAACAAUGUUUUAUCAUUUCUAUGUACCUCUGAAAACAUUGAGCUUUCAUCUUUGUUAAACUCUUUCUUCUGUUGAACGCUUUGCUCUGUUAAACUC